UUGGAACGCUGGAAGUCUAUGGCCACUGCGAGGCACGAGGAGAGCUUCCAGAGCCCAGUGAUGUGCGGGAUGCGCUGGAUUUGCCUGGUAGCGGAUUCACCAUGACGGGCAAUUUGAACGUCGGCCGUUGCGUGGUCGUGCGAGGGCUGCUUGCGCAAGAUAUUGGUGGCCUGGGCACUCCCCGAAUAUUUGUGGAGCAGCGACAAGCUUCGCUCGAUCGCUGCUAUGGGGAGGGCAAAUACCAGGUGUUUUUGCAGCGCGAGCGGCCGCCUCCAGCUCCGAGUUUUAGCUUGUGGCGGAAGGGGGAGUUUGAUCCUGCCCAAGUCAGCUCGGCGAAGGAGUAUCCCGCUGCUUUGUUGGUAUUUCGCACUUCCGACCUGCCAAUUGAAGAAGGCUCUGGGAAUUUCAGGCGCAUUCUUAUUGGAACUUCUCUCGCAGCGACCGCCGCGUUUUGCAACAUCAUUGCCGCAGCAGUGGGGUCGCUGAACGGCGAACGCAGUGACGCACUUCUGAACAAAUCCGUGGAAGAGGUCACCUACAGCCCCAUGUUGGGUGUAGCUGUGACACGCCUUGACCCAGAUGGUGUUGUUCCAGUGGGUGCUGGGCUGUUGUUGAUGCUCAUUGUCCAGGGUUUUGGAAGAGGGAAGGCAGCUGAAAAGAAUGGCGCCAAGAUUCGUGGUGGUUACUUCAUCCCAUCUUCAAGCCUGGGCACUGUUGGACGGACUUGGUCCAUUUCAGGGCUUUCACCCUCUCGAAAGACGGAAGUAGACGUGGCUUUAGCUGGUUCAUACGCUGGCUUUGCAACCGCUCUGCUCCUGUGUUUCGCUGGAGUUCUUCGCGGGGAUGCCUCUGACGGUCUCAUAGUUCUUGAAGUGACUCGGCUGCCACUGCUGCUUGCACAGCUCUUGGGCGAUUCAUUUCCUGAAGAUGCAGUGCAAACUGUGCUGAGCUUGAGUAGCGGUGAAGCUGCAGCCCCUGUGCCUGCAAAGGUGACGGUAGAUCCACUUCUGCUGAGUGGCAGCCUUGCGGUGACAACGCAAGCUGUGCAGCUGCUGCCACUGCGCGGCUUUGAUGGACAUCUUCUGGCAAGGUUUCUAUUUGGACCGCGACCACUGCAACUACUGGAGCUUUGCACCGGCGUACUUCUUCUUCUCGGUGCAGUGGAACGGCUGGGCCCCAAUGCCAACGCCACAGUCUGCUCAACCGCACUUUUCGCCUGGGCUGCCAGAUUUUUCGCAUCAAGGGAGAAUCCCAUGCCGCCUCGUGAAGACUUCGACGAUGAACCAAGUGCAUCACCUGCAGAAGCGGCUGCAGCUGCUCUUGCGCUUGCAGCUGCUGGGGCAAUUCUCAUUCCGGGUCACCUGCCUGCUUUGUUAGACAUUGGGAGUUGA